UCACAGAGCAGGUGUCGACAUCACAAUUGGUAACGAGCGCAGGGAACAAACGAAAAAGAUUUGCCGUAUUUUCAUGCUGAAACCCCUGCUACUCAAGUCAGGUUUAUUUUAUUUCUUGGAUCCAUGUUGCCCUAAAGACACUUUUAACAGUUUCUACAGCAGAGAGGCGUUUUUAACGGGGAAUCGAACAACUUAAGAUGGGAAAAGACAAGUCUGAGGACAAAUCAGAAUAUGGACUAGUCAGUGCAAGUGUUCAUCUGCGGAUCAGCUGCGUGCGAAAUCUGCAACUUUACAUCUCCAUAUGGUUACCCCAUCCCAAAGCUCUGCCAGGCCUGGCUUAGUGUAUGGGGAUGCAGCACAGUAUGACCCAACAUUCAAUGGACCUAUUCAUAACAGGAGCUGUACAGACAUCAUCUGCUGUGUCCUCUUCAUGCUGGUCAUCGCUGGUUACGCGGUAGUGGGCAUUUUGGCUUGGCUGUAUGGAGACCCCAGGCAUGUUCUGUACCCGAGAAACUCUACUGGGAUGUUCUGUGGCAUUGGACAGAAUGAAGGGAAGCCCAACGUCUUUUACUUUGACCUCCUCAAGUGUGCCACAGGAACAAACCUAAUGGCAGCUGCCCUCAAUGGCCUUCAGUGUCCCACUACACAGGUUUGUGUUGCCAAGUGUCCCAAAGAAUUCUGGGCUCUUUCACUAGAAGCCUACCUCCCAGGUGCACAAGCAAAGAAUUUUUUUCAGCAAGAGCUUUGUGUCCCAUCAUUUGACCUGGCCACUACCACUCUGACAGUGGCGGAGAUUAAGGACAGAGAGUUGUGUCCAUUCUUCUAUACCCCUACAUCCCCAGUUUUAGGAAGGUGUUUGCCUUCUCUUGGGUCACUCAACAUAAUUCCCACCAACUUCAGCAUCCCUGGGAUGACCAUUAAUGACACAGUGAACACCCUCAAGCAGGGAUCUGGUGACGUCGUGUCUAGCUUUAACGCCAAGGAAGUUGGUGUCCGCAUCUUUGAGGACUUUGCGUCGUCAUGGCAAUGGAUCCUCCUGGGGUUAUUCAUAGCCAUGCUGGUCAGCCUGAUCUUCCUCCUGCUCCUGCGCUUCUUGGCUCCCAUAAUAAUCUGGGGGCUCAUCAUUGGACUUCUGGGUGUUGGCGCCUUUGGUAUUUGGUAUUGCUGGAGAGAGUAUGAUGGAUUGAAGAACAGUCAAGCCACCUUUCAGGACAUUGGCUUCACCACAGAUGUUCAAGUCUACCUACAAGUCAGAGACACUUGGCUGGCAUUUUUGAUCAUCCUGAGUGUAAUUGAGGGGAUAAUUCUUCUGACUCUCAUCUUCCUACGGACUCGGAUCUUCAUUGCCAUUGCCUUAAUCAAGGAGUCCAGCAAGGCUGUGGGCUACAUGAUGUCUACACUCUUCUUCCCCAUCUUCACAUUCAUCCUGCUCGUGGUGUGUGUGUCAUACUGGGGCAUCACGGCUUUAUAUCUGGCCACCUCUGGCGGUCCGGUGUACAAUGUAGUGGCCCUCAACUCCACUGAAGCUGACUGCAAAAAUGUGAAUGGAAAUGACUCCUGUGACCCUUUGACAUUUAACUCCAGCAGCUACUCCUGCCCGUCAGUUCGCUGCAUCUUUGUGAAGUACAACGACGAGGGCCUUUUCCAGCGCAACCUUUUCAAUCUGCAGAUCUACAAUGUGGUUGCCUUCCUGUGGUGUGUGAACUUUGUCAUCGCUCUAGGCCAGUGCACCCUGGCUGGGGCGUUCGCCUCGUACUACUGGGCCUUCAGCAAGCCAUCUGACAUCCCCUCGUUCCCGCUGGCGCAGUCUUUCAUGCGCUCUCUACGAUACCAUGUUGGCUCUCUGGCGUUUGGGGCUCUUAUCCUUACACUGGUGCAGGUCAUCAGGAUCAUACUGGAGUACCUGGAUCACAAGUUCAGAUCUGCUCAGAAUAGUUGUGCACGUUUUCUGAUGUGCUGUCUGAAGUGCUGCUUCUGGUGCCUUGAGAAGUUCAUCAAAUUUCUCAACAGGAACGCUUACAUCAUGAUUGCUAUUUAUGGCAAAAACUUCUGUGUAUCAGCCAAAAAUGCCUUCAUGCUACUUCUGAGGAAUGUUGUAAGGGUCGUGGUGCUGGAUAAAGUGACAGACCUGCUGCUAUUCUUUGGAAAGUUAUUAGUAGUUGGUGGAGUCGGUGUGCUGGCGUUCUACUUCUUCUCGGGGAGAAUCGAGGUCCCAGGCGGCUCUUUCCAGGCCAGCUCUCUGAACUACUACUGGAUGCCUAUAAUUACGGUGGUGGUAGGAUCCUAUCUGAUUGCACAGGGAUUCUUCAGCGUCUACAGUAUGUGUGUUGACACACUCUUCCUCUGCUUCUUGGAGGACUUGGAACGUAACGACGGCUCAAUGCAGAAACCAUACUACAUGUCCAAAAACCUGAUGAAAAUUCUCAACAAAAAGAACAAGCAGGCCAAAAAUGCUGAAGAUUGACAGAGGCCUCCCAUUCCCAUCUGUCGUCCUCCUUUUAAAAGUAAAUAUCAGGUUCAGCACUCACUGAUGCAAAUGAUGUUCAUGCCCCCCUCUCUCCAACCUGAUGUUUAAAAUGCGCUCAAACUCCUUCUAUUUUUCCUUCUAUCUGAUGCAAAUGAUGUUCAUGCCCCCCUCUCUCCAACCUGAUGUUUACAAUGCGCACAAAUUCCUUCUAUUUUGCACUUUUCUUCUUUCUUUGGGAUUCAAAUCGUGGUCCAGAUGGUCUACACCAUUUAAGUUAAAACAUUGUCUGACUGACACCAUAGACACAUAUCAUUGGACAACUUUUUUUUUUUAUCUUCCAAAAUAAUGGGCCUUAAGAUGUGUAGUCUAAAUGAAUACAGACUACCUGUUUUACUGUUUAUUUAAUUAUACGCAUUAUAUGUGUAUAUAAUAGAAUAGCGGAUACCAGUUUGCUAUCCAGUUGAAUUUCCCUUUCUAUAAAAUAAAAAGCCCCAAAUGUACAGGAUUCAAAAUUCAGAUAGAUUUUGAAUCAUAAUUUAUUAUUUUACCAAAAGUAGAUUGUUUUGAUUUUAUGUUGGAUGUCUGUUGAAAACACACUCACUAGCAGUGAGUGGGCCAAAACAUUGUAAAUGAUUUCAUUUAUACAGAAUUUUUAUGUUUUUAGUCUUUGCAAUGAAAUGUUUAUAUUUAUCUGAAUAAAACAAUGAUACAGUUCAACAUC